AUGACAAGUAUCCGGCUAUUGUUUAAGGAUUUGGAAUCCACUCAACCAAUAAAUGUAAAUCACCUUGAAACUCCUCAUGACCAACAACAAGCUGUUUUGGAAUGUUUUUCAGAUACGAAAGACACAAACAGCGAACAUGUGGUCACUAUUCCAACAAAAAACAGUUUUUCACCCCUACUUGUUGAAGAAACAAAUACCAACGACAACGAAACCGAUGCAGACAAUGAAAACAACAGGCGACAACGGAGAGAUUCUGCUACCCAAACGGUGAAAAAAGAUCACAACAGCCACAAAAAGCCAAAAGACAAGCCCGCAUAUGAGCAAAGAGCAGGCUCGGAGACAGGCCAUCGUCUUAAUGUGGCCAUUAUUGGAGAUUCCAUG